AAUUAACUUUGCUUACCAAAACAAACACAAUGUUUAGCUUGAGAUGGAACGAAAUGAGUCAAUAUUUUUCCAUUUCAAUUCUACUUUUAACUGCCACCAUUGUGAAAAUUAUUUACUUCAAGAAUCGCAAGGCCUUCUCAAACAUACCUGAAUCUUGUGCUCUCAUACUUCUUGGAAUCGGCGUUGGAUUAUUGGUUGCCUCUAAAAACACCGUUUUACCCGAAUUCAAUUCAAACCUUUUCAAUUUUGUCUUACUUCCACCAAUUGUAUUAGACUCUUCCUAUGAACUUCACCAUCAAUCCUUUUUUGGCAAUGUUGGAACCAUCAUCAUGUUUGCCGUUGUGGGAACCUUAAUGAAUGUCCUUUUGGUUUCUCAUUUAAUCUACUUUAGCCAGACAAUAUCACUAUUUGGUAAACUGAGUCUUCCAACAAUUGAAAUAUUUAUGUUUGCAGUAAUCGUGUCAGCAGUUGAUCCAGUAGCUGUUUUAUCAGUUUUUCAGGAAGUCAAUGUUAAUCGAGCUUUAUAUUUCCUGGUUUUUGGUGAAUCCCUACUCAAUGAUGCUGUUGUUAUAACAUUAUACGAAAAUUUGAAAGAGUUUUCCACCUCCGAAUACAUAAGAGCAACUGAUAUUAUUUUGGCUUUAGCAUCAUUUGUAUCCAGCUCAUUGGGUGGCUUAUUGAUCGGCAUUUUUUGGGCAGUCAUCACAUGUCUUAUAACUCAAUUAACCUCGGAUAGAAAGUUGAAAGCUGUUGAACCCACCAUUGUCAUCACGCUGGCAUACUUGGCUUAUGUUACCGGCUAUUUAUUCAACUUUUCAGCCAUUCUCAGUCUCAUGGCCUGUGGCCUGUUUCAAGCUAAAUAUGCUGUUCAAAAUAUCAGCAAAAGGUCUGAUGUAACGAUAAAAUAUUUAACCAAAAUAUCCAGUUCAUUAACAGAGACAAUUAUAUUCAUGUUUCUGGGUUUUGUCCUGGUUCAAACCCAAUACCAUUGGCAUUCAUCAUUCAUUAUAUUGACCACUUUUUAUUGUAUCAUUGCUCGAUUCAUGACAACAUUUAUAUUAACUUACACUGUUAAUGUUUACUUUCAACGGAUUAGGAUUGUUAACCUGGAAGAGCAAAUUUUAAUGGCUUAUGGUGGACUUCGAGGUGCAAUUGCUUUUUCACUUUCAGAUGAUUUGGACCAAUCAGGCUCAGAUUCAGAUGAAGUCAUUAUCAACCAUCGGCUAAUCAAGACAACUGUAUUGUUCAUCAUUUUGUUCACAGUCUUUGUCCUGGGAUCAACAACAAAACCACUUGUAAAAGCAUUAAGAGUACAAAUUCAAACGAAACGAGGAUACAAGCAUUUCACUGAAUUCAACAAACGAGUUGCUCGUAUGGUUAUGCAAGGAAUUGAAGUGAUUGCUGGUCAGCAAAGUUCAUUAAACUGGAUGAAAAAAAUUGUCUCCAUCAAUGAAAAAUAUUUGGAAAGAUUUUUAUUGCGACGAAAUUCGGGUGACAAUACAAUUGUCCCUUCCAGCCAAAGUGCCACGCAAACCCUGACUCCAUAUGAUUCCCAUAAGCUGGAAACUCCUGAGAAAGAUGCUUAUCCUGAUUUGAAUAAACGGAUAACUCAAAAUGAAGCCUUUGACUCAAUGGGAAACCUUUUAUAUCCUAAACUGGACUUUAAUCCGAUAAAAACUGAACCCGAUGAAUGGUUUAUUCGCAUUUGCGACACCAAAAGGUCAUUCACUAUUCCAAAAGAAUGCUGUACUCUGGUCAAUUCAUGGAUGCAAGAUAAUCAGCAAAAUAAAAACAGCGUCUCAAGUGUACAAGAUAUCAAGGGAAAGAAGGGAAAAUCAAAAAUUGGAAAAAUCGGAAAAACUGGAAAACAAAGCCGUUAGAAGCAUCAGCACUUUGUGAUUGUGCGACCAUCAAUUGUUGAACGUUAAUUGCUGCUAAUCAAAUGGUGAACUUUAAUUGAAAAGUCUUGUUCAAGUUUAACCAAAAAACAAAAACCUUUGAACCUCAUCACCAAACAAAAAAGUUAAACCUUUUUAACUCAUCCUUCAACUUUACCCAAAUCAACUUGUUAACCAUUUGUUGUUGUUUUUGUUUUGGGUUAACCAACUGUUUAACACUUUUAACACCCAAUUUUAACACUCUUCACUUUUAAUCAUCUUGGACUUGAUCAAG